CAACACUUGGCAUGGACUGUAGCUACGAAAGAGGACCUGCGUCCCAUAAAUUUGCGAAAAUAUCAGGCACGUGCUUCGGCUUUUAUUUUUCUCGUUUUGCCGGGCUUACUUUGAUGCUUUACAUGUAGGGGUUAGUUCAAAUGGUCCGCGAAGCAUAGACGCUGCACGAAUACCUAUUUCUGUCUCAUACUGGCUGGUGAGGGACCAGUCCCUGGCGCCCUCGUGCUGUCUUCCUUGUCCACGUCCUUACCGUCGCCUAGGCUGUCUGCGAGCUCUGUCAGUGGGCAAUGGCAGCUAUCGAGCACAUGCCUAUGUUCGACGAUGGCGACGCCUUGUUAUUCGGUGGCGUGGACUUGUUCGACAGCGCGGUGCCCUGCAUUGCCGGAGAGCUGGAGCUUCAGCUCCAGUCCUACGAAGGCGCCGGGGACCUCCCAAUUGUCGACUCGUCGCCGGGCAAGUCCUUCUCGCUCACCAAGGACUCUGGAGGCAGCAGUAUCUGUGCUUUGGCCGUAGCGGAUUUUGCGGACCCAGACUUCAUUGAUAACGUUAGCCUCGAUGACCUCGCUGCUGCUGACCAUUACGGCCACACCAUCUGCGGGCGACAGUCGACAGCCGAAUCUGUGGCAGCCCCUGGCAGUAGUCGCAGCUUGCCAACGGCCCUUAGCUGGAACGCUGUUGGACUACAGCCCGCCUGCUUGGUGGCUGCUCCGGCACCUGACGGGGAGCUCUCUGGGCAUGGUCACGCUUCGCAGUAUCAGUACAACCAUUGUCAGGAAAGCAGUGACUGCGACAUGAGCCAUACCGUUAACGACGGAGAGAGCUCCGGCGUGGGUCCGGGGAAGGGCAAUGCGCAGGGUUCCUCACAGAGUGAGGCAUCGGAGGACAACACUGCAGGUGUUGCACCCGAUGCUGCGACUGCUGGCGAAGAGCACAUCAGCAUGCCCAGCUUUGGCCUCAGUCUCUCCCGGCUUGCCGGCGGCGCUGCUCAGUCCAAGCAGGAGGGCGCCUACCCGACUGCUCAGGAGCAGCUGGAAGGCGCGGCACAACAGCCCUUCCAGCACCAGCAGCAACAGGCGCCCGCAAUGCCGCGUGCUUACAGCGUAGACAACUUUGCCAUGGCGGGUCCAAGCGCGGCCGCGUGCCCGGACUCGCUGCUAGAGAGCCAGCGGUGCACUGCUCACGUGCCCCGCUCCUAUAGCUGCGUCGCCCCGGACUCUAUCGACUUAGCCUUAGGCUGCGGUGGUGCAGGCAACCCGUCGGCCUUUGGGUCGCGCGGUCGGUGUGCCAGCCUCAACGAGACCCAGAUGCGCCGCCAGUGGCUUUGUGAGGGCGAGCUGCUCGCCCCGCAGCUUCCUCCCAGCGUCAAUGAGCUCGAGCUGUUGGAACUGCCGGAAGAUACCAUGCCCGUGCGGCCCGCUAGGAUCUCGCUUCAGCACUCCUCUUCGUCCGGUCUUGGCUCUUCCACGCUGGGAAGCGGCAGCGGCGGUGCUCAGUCGAUGGUUUCCGGGUUGGCGCCCUUCAAGGGCAGCAGCGGCGUCAGCGGUUCGAGUGCACCCAGCGGGCCGGCCCCCGCGCCCACCGUGACCGUCAAGCGCAAGAUCAUCACCUCACCCAGUCCACUGCUGCCGCAGCCCAGGCAGCCCAAGUCGCGCCAGUCCGUGUCCGCGGCGGGCACCGCUUCCGGUCCCAAUGUGCAGAGCCCCAAGCGCGUCAAGGUUAUCGCAGGCGGCUAUUCUGCCUGGCAGGAGGCCGGCGCCGCCCCGGCCUCAAGUGCAGGCGUCUUAUCGGGCUGGAACGCGUCGCGCGCUGGGCCCGGCGUGGUAACGGCUGCCGGUACGAGCAACAUGAAGACGGUGCGUAGCAUGCCGGCCAACAUGAACAGCUUUCUGGAUGGUUCUGAGCAGCCUUUGGGCGCGCCCGGAGCUGCGGACUCGGUCAUCAGCCCGAAUGGAAGCACAAUGUCUUCGUCGACGCUGCAGCAGACAGCACUGGCCCGUGGGUCGUUUUUCGACCCUGCCGGGGCAGGCCGUGCUGCUGGCGGAGCUGCGAACGCGCCGGCUGCUGCUGGUCAGGCGCCGGUGACGACGAAGAGGUCGAGGGCACCUGGUGCGAUCCUGGGCGCGGGAGCGGUGCCGGGCGCUUUCAUGCCAGCCUUCGGACAAGAUGGCAAGCGCCUCACGGUUCCGGGUGUUCCCAAGCCGCGCAAGCGUGCUUCUCCCAAUGGCAACCCGCCCAAGGCUCCAGCGCCGAACCCUAACGGCCACUGUUGCACGCAGUGCGGAACCCAGACCACACCCGUUUGGCGCGCCGGGCCGCACGGUCCCAAGACGUUGUGUAACGCGUGCGGAGUAAGGUACAUGAAGGUGGCGAAGGGCAACGUUGCCCCUGCCCCUCGGAGGCAGCAACAGCACUAGCAGGGAUAGCAUGGCUGGGCCCUGCUGUAUGACGGCCCGAGCCUGCUGGACGGUCCGCAGGCGGUCCCUUAGGCGGGUGGCGGGACCUUUGGUGCUCUAUCUUCGCCUAAGGCUUGGCAUGAAGUAGGCUGGGGCGCUGGUGGGUAGUGGUGCUGCGUAGGCAGCUGCCGUGCGCAUGGCAUACUCUGGCGAAGGCGAGCCUCCUUUAGGCAAUGUGGGUUUUGCUGGCCUUUUGGAGAGCUUCAGCACGCGUGCUGUGCGGUACGUCAUCUGUUUGCGAGCGCAGGGCGUCCCAGUUCCUGCUGGUUUGGAUUCAUGCUAUUACUGCUUUCGUGCGAUGGUCGGCAGUUGUCGCAUAGCUUGCAAAAGGUUUAAGUUUUCCCGGCCAUGUUUGCAAACGUAUGUGAGGCUGCCGACAUGUCGAGCUACCUGCAAAGGUUGUCGUCUGUGUUAUCCUGCGGGAAAUAAAGCAAUUCUUGACACGAUGCAAUGGUGGGUUGCCGUAUAUGAAAAAAGCAAGAGCUACACAUUUCUGGCGGCCGUGUGGAUGAGAUCAGUGAAUGGCACUUGAGGCGUUGAGCCCAGGCCUCUUAUGCGCGCAGCCUGUGUCCUUUUUUCGCGACUUUCAGCAGAGCGUGGGUUGCAUACCACCGGUCGCAACAAGAGCGCGCAACAGGUAUCUUGGCGGUGGAUGGUUCCUUGGACAGGAGUUUGCUGGAGGCAAAAGGGGCGGACGGGUCGACAGCAGUACACUGCAGUCCUGCAGUUUUGUGCCGUAUGUGCAUUGUGGUGUUGUUCGUGUGGUGUUGCAAGGUGUGUGGUGAUCCUGGUCGUUGCUAUGGUUACUUGUGUGGUGGUCGUUCUUGUGUGAUGGGGUUGCUGCUUGUAUUGUUUUAAAGCAGCUUGUGUCAUAUUGGAAUAACAGAUCGCGAGCGGUUUCCGUUUUUGACUAGGUGGCCUGUCGGCCGAAGGUGUUGGACUAAAAAGCGUGUUGACUUUGACUGACGGGCUGACGAGGGCGACAAGGAGCGACGGCAUGUCCAGGCUUGUGGGCGCAGUUGUUGGCCGGAAUGCUUAGGUCUGAAUGCGUACUCGGUAAUGCUCUUAUGUAUGACGCGCCUUAACUCUGGUUGCAACGGACUGCGUGUCUUUGGGUGCAUAUAGCAGGCUGAGCAAUGAUGCAAGGGCAUGCGCCCUAUGUGGCGCUACCGCCCCAUAUGUGCGGAUGCCCCCGUGUGGAGUUUGUGGAGUCAUGUGCUCGGAUGCGUGUGGACUUUGUUUUGGAUGGUACUGCUUUCUCGCAUUUCACUUCGUGUGCGUGCCUAAGUUAAACUCGUGAUGGACCAAUGCCGCUGCUCUGCUAUGAAGAAAGACCCGCUGACUAGCGCAACAUACGGGCCUUCGGUGCUCUUUCUUUCCAUUUGUGCCGGCAUUGCAUUAUUCUAGCUGCGCGCUUGAGUCAGGAGGGGGUGCACGAUGACGUACGCCCCUACCUACGCUUAAUGGGCCAGGGUCUUUCUAUCAUUGCCAUGCAGCUCUUUGCCAGGCCCACUCUUUGGGAAUUUUAUGGAUGCUUGCCUGGUUAGGCUUUCGGUGAUGUAUGGAGCACGAGUUUGAUGGCUUUGGUUGUGUUGUUGUGAUAUGCUUGAUUGUCUUACGUGCCGGGCAUGUCCAGGCUGUGACAACACCUGGGCUUGCGCUAGGGCUUUGAGCUGGCCUCCUGGACUUUACCAUGGAGGAGGGAGAGAGAGUGAACAAAUCUUUGCUAACGGAACGGACUUCUGCGCGGAGACGCGUGGUGGGGAUCGCUAAGGCUUGGGCGGACGGUCUCGGCCGGGCAGGCUCUGUUCUGUCUGUCUAGGUGCUGAUGGCCACGAACUGGACACAAGUCUCUUGCGUAAAGCUUGAGACGCAAUUUUGUACGCCGCUUUCACGUGGCGGGGAUGCAGUGACAGCAGCGGGUGUAGUGGUUGCCAGGCGUUCAGGUCCUAGCCGCCACCGCUGCUGUCCUCUCCUAUCGAGUAGACUCAUCUGUGAUGUCCCUGAUGUGUCGUGUGGGUCGUGCCCCUUUCCAGUGUGUAUGUCUGUUUCCUUGUCUGCUCGUCCUUUGUGCUGUGCGUUCGUCUCUUCCUGCUUGCUGCAUGUUGAAGCGCCAGAUGUCUUCAAAUUAAUGGAAUUCACGAGACUUGCGCUGCAUGGUCUCUUGAAGAAUUCCACUGUUCCUUUCGCGGUGAUUUCUGCGCGAACACUGUGGCGCGAAACAUAUAAUGGCGGCGUUUCGGGGCCAAUCGUGUUGCCCGGUCCCUGGACAGUACGUCCUGGGGCCGUUUUUCCAUGGACCCAAUUCCGGUUACCCUGUACACGUUGCGUGGCCAUUUUCGUAUAAUGCACAUAAUGUAUUGUAAAUUCGUUGUUUGUGGGAUGUCUUGGCGAGCGGCAUUUUGGCGGGAGCAGUUGCUUGACAAGGAGUUAACGUCAAUGUAAGGUCAUGCCCAUG